AUGGGCUGGCUACCUUCUAUCUUUGGCGGCGACGCUUCGAACCCCCUCGGAAAACUCGACCCCAAGCUUCGCGAGUUUCUGGAAAAAGAAUCGCCGGUCAGAUACAUCCCCAACCAGCGGGCAGCAUCAACACAGCGGCAAGAUGCAGGCGCCGCGGCGGAAACAAAGCCAGAGCCGGCCGCGGUCCCAGCCGCAAGUCUCUACCAAGACGGACGAUAUGCGCAUCUGUGGAAGAACUACAGACCACUAGCAGAGGUCGAGGAAGAGACAUCGACCGAUCACGAUAAGCUCAUGUCAGUCCUGGAGGGGUACAAGGAGCGCAAGGCGGCAAUCGCCAAGGCUGGGCUCGAGAACUGUGCGCCGCAGCAGGAGGAAUGGAUCAACUGCAUGAAGAGCGGCAGCUGGGAGGAUCAGCUGCAAAUGUGCCGACAUCAAGUACGGCGGUUUGAGAGAUGCUACACCAUGCAAUCUAGAUUUCUAAGAGCACUAGGAUAUGGAUCCGUGGCCGGGCGACCAAGCGAAGUCGAUGAGGAUAUCCAACUCCACGCGGAUGCGCUGUUCCAAAGAAUGCUCCAACACGAGGCCGAGGUCGAAAAGGCCAAAGAAAACGGCACGCUUAUCCCGACUUUCGACCCUUCACUCCCGAAGACGAAUGCCGCCAACACAACCAACAUAAAGCCAUCCGAAGAACUUCAGAAGCAGUGGAAAGAGAAGUUGGACCAGCUGCCAGAAGACGAGAGACCUGCUGAAGAGGCUGCUCUAAGAGCUGACUUGCAAGCCAAGGCAGACGUUGCGCGAAACGUGAAGAAGAUUUGGGACGCCAAGAGGGAAGAGAGAGAGGUGCGGCGCGCAGAAGGCCAGGCGACAUUCUCAGACACAAUUGCUGCUUUGUUCAGCAGAGGGAAAUGA